UAUUCAUUUUUCUUGCAAUGGGAUUGGCAUUCGAUUGGUCCGAACCCCCUGACACAGUCUUCAUUUCUUCGUCAUAUGAAAAAUCAUCAUCCUCUUCACCCAAGGAUAAACCCUAAUAAUGAACAUGGCCAUGAACAGAAACAGCGACGGCAAGAAGAAGAAGAAAAAGAGGAAGAAGAACCCAGAUGCGGAUGGGAUCUCUCUCUCUCCGCCGUCCUUUCCUCCUCCUCCCCCUCUGUCGCAGCCUCCGACGUUAUCGGAGCCAUCGAAUUCGAUCCCACUGAUAAAAUCAUCGCCACCGGCGGAAUCUCAAGAAAGAUUCGAUUCUAUGGCCUGGAUUCUCUCUCGCACAAAAUCUCUGGUGACGGUGACGCGGCCGCGUGCGAGUACUACAUAUGCACACCGGCGAAGCUGAGCAGCCUCCGGUGGCGGCCCCGAUCCGACGGCCGGGUCAUCGGCUCCGGCGACUACGACGGCGUCGUGACGGAGUACGACCUCGAGAAACGCUCUCCGGUUUUCGAGCGCGACGAGCACGGAGGCCGGAGGGUCUGGAGCGUUGACUACACGCGCCUCGCCGGCGCGUCGGUGGUCGGCGCGUCGGGCUCCGACGAUGGGACCGUGCAUGUGUGGGAUCCGCGCUCACGACCGGAGAAUUCUAUCGCCAUUGUGCGUCCCGGACGGAGCUCCGCCGUGUGCUGCGUGGAGUUCGAGCCAUCCGGCGGAGCCACCAUAGCCGUCGGAUGCGCUGACCGGAGGGGGUACGUAUACGACGUGAGGAAGCUCGUCGAACCGGCGCUGACCCUCGAGGGGCACGCCAAAACGGUGUCGUAUGUGAGGUUCCUCGACGUACAUACGGUCGUCACCGCCGGUACGGACGGUUGUCUGAAGCUGUGGAAGAUUGACGGCGGAGGCGGGCGCGUGGGGCGCACUUACGAGGGGCACGUGAACAGCAGGAACUUCGUGGGGUUAUCGGUGUGGAGAAACGGCGGGCUGUUCGGGUGCGGAUCCGAGAACAACAGGGUGUUCGUUUACGACAGGAGGUGGAGCCGGCCGGUUUGGGUUCACGAGUUCGAACCGGCCGGUAUGACCGGUUUGGAACAGCGGUUCGUGAGCAGCGUGUGCUGGAGGCAAUCGGGUGUGGACCAGUGCACGUUAGUGGCUGGUGGAUCGGAUGGAGUGUUGCAGGUUUACGUGGGCAAAAGGAAGCCAUACUAUAUCUGAAUUUUGUUUCUAAAGUCUAAAAAUAUUUUAAUUUGUUUUAUAUGAUAGAAUUUUGAGGCAGUUCCAAGAGUGUUGAUUUUCCAUAUCCUUUUGAUUCGGAUGAAAUUUUUUAUAUAUAUAAUUUGAG